GGCAUCCUCCUUCCUCCUCCUUCUCCUCCUCCCUUCUUUUUCCUCCCCCUCCUCCAAUCAUCGCAGCUCCCUCCGGCGCGCAGGGAGUGGCACGGCGGCCGCCCGGCAAGGCUGCGAGCUGCGGAAGGUCUGUGGCGAUGGAAGAAGAGACCCAACAUCGAGGAGCCUGAAUGCUGACAGCAGGACAGCACUUGGAGACACUGGUAGCACCAACCUGAGAUACAGAGGCAGCAACCAUGCUGAAGCCAAGUGGACUUAAAAUCCCUGGCAGGGCAGUGAAGCACUCCAGCCCAGUGGGACGAGCAUCAGGGACAGCAGCGGCGACUGUCACCACUGGUACAAAGGAAGGCUCACCUCUCCACAAGCAAAGUGCCGCCUCCACCUCCAGCACCGAGAAGUCGGGAUCGAAGGCUGCCGAGGUGGGCGAUGACUUCCUGGGAGACUUUGUGGUAGGCGAGCGGGUCUGGGUGAACGGAGUGAAGCCAGGAGUGAUCCAGUACCUCGGGGAGACACAAUUUGCUCCGGGCCAGUGGGCGGGAGUCGUGCUGGAUGAUCCCGUGGGUAAGAACGAUGGCUGUGUUGGAGGCGUGCGCUACUUCGAGUGCCAGCCGCUGCAGGGGAUUUUCACACGACCGUCCAAGCUGAUGCGGCAGCCCGUGGCUGAGGGCUCAGGGAGCGACGUCCCCUCCGUGGAUUCGCUUACAGCUCAGAACUUGUCCCUGCAUUCGGGCACAGCCACGCCGCCGCUCUCCACUCGCGUCAUCCCGCUGAGGGAGAGCGUCCUCAACAGCGCCAUGAAGACGGGCAACGAGUCGGGAUCCAACCUGUCGGACAGUGGGUCUGUGAAGAAAGGGGAGAAGGAUCUGCGGCUCGGGGACCGCGUGCUGGUUGGUGGGACGAAGACAGGAGUUGUGCGCUACGUGGGAGAGACAGAUUUUGCCAAAGGAGAGUGGUGUGGAGUGGAGCUGGAUGAGCCCUUGGGGAAGAAUGAUGGGGCUGUGGCUGGGACAAGGUAUUUUCAGUGCCCUCCCAAGUUCGGCCUCUUUGCUCCCAUCCACAAGGUGAUUCGGAUUGGGUUUCCAUCAACCAGCCCUGCCAAGGCAAAGAAGAGCAAGCGGAUGGCCAUGGGAGUGUCUGCCCUAACCCACAGCCCCAGCAGCUCCUCCAUCAGCUCCGUCAGCUCCGUGGCUUCAUCUGUUGGGGGCAGGCCCAGCCGCAGUGGGCUGCUGACAGAGACCUCCUCCCGUUACGCCCGUAAAAUCUCUGGCACCACGGCUCUCCAGGAGGCUCUGAAGGAGAAGCAGCAGCACAUCGAGCAGCUGCUGGCAGAGCGUGACCUGGAGCGGGCCGAGGUGGCCAAGGCCACCAGUCACAUCUGUGAGGUGGAGAAGGAGAUUGCCAUCAUGAAGGCCCAACACGAGCAGUAUGUCACAGAGGCAGAAGGGAAUCUCCAGCGAGCUCGAGCUCUGGUGGAUGGGAUGCAGAAGGAGAAGAUUGAACUGCUGAACCAAUUGGAAGAGGAGAAGAGGAAAGUGGAGGACUUGCAGUUCCGUGUGGAAGAAGAAUCCAUUACCAAGGGGGAUUUGGAGACUCAGACGCAGUUGGAGCAUGCCCGAAUACGGGAGCUCGAGCAGAGCCUGCUGUUUGAGAAGGCACAGGCUGAGAAACUCCUCAGAGAAUUAGAGGACACCAGGCUGACCACGGUGGCGGAGCAGUCCCGGAUCCUGCAGCUGGAGGAGGAGCUGAGCCUGCGGCGCAGUGAGGUGGAUGAGCUGCGGCAGUGCUUGCGGAGCUCACACCAGGCAGAGACCCCCGAGCACAGCCUUGGCUUGCAGUCUGAGGCACUUCGUCUGCGGGAUCAGCUGCUGUCUGCCAACAAGGAGCACCAGAAGGAGAGCAGCCAGCUGAAGGAGAAGUAUGAGAAGACGUUAAAGAAGUACCAGCAGGAGAUGGAGAAGCUGAAAGCCGUCAAUGAGAAGUAUUCGCAAGAAAUCGUUGACUUAAAGCAUAAGGUUCAGCAGGCCACCAAUGAGAACAUGGGACUGAUGGACAACUGGAAGUCCAAGCUGGACACGUUAGCUUCCGACCACCAGAAGUCUCUGGAGGACCUCAAAGCCACACUGAACACAGGCCCUGACACCCAGCACAAGGAGAUUGUGGAGCUGAAGGCGGUGGUGGAGAGCAUCAAGAUGGAACACCAGCUUGAGCUGGAGAACCUGAAGGCAAAGCAUGACAUCGAGACGGCUGUUCACAUAAAGGAGAAAGAGAGCCUCAAACUGAAGCUGCAAGAGGCUGUGGAUGAAGUGGAAAAAAGUAACAGCCACUGGAAAAUGCAACUGGAAACCAAAAGCAAUCAGCACCUUCUCGAGCUCCAGGACGUGAAGGACAAGUGUCGGGAUGCUGAGCUGAGGGUGCAUGAACUGGAGAAACUUCACAGCGAAUACAAAGAUCAGACACAAGCAAUAGCUUUCUUGAAAGAGCAGAUUUCUUUAGCUGAGAAGAAGAUGUCGGACUAUGAAACUCUACAGAAAACAGAAGCCCAGAACAAACAGGAGAUCCACAGAUUGCAGGAAAAAGUGCUUGUCUUAGAGAACAAGCUGCAGUCCAUGGAAGCCUUACAUCCUUCUCAGCAUGCAAAUAUGAUUGAUACUAAUGAUAUUUCAGAAGAGAAGAUAAGGAUGAAGCAGACCAUGGAAGACCUUCAAGACAAACUGAGUAAAAGAGACAAAGAGGUGUCAUCGCUGGUGUCCCAGACCGAAGCCCUAAGGGCCCAAGUAAGUGCUUUGGAAAACAAAUGCAAAACCACGGAAAAGAAGGCAGAUACGGUGUUAAAAGAAAAGAAGAGGCUGGAAGGGGAGCUGGAAGCCUUGACCAGGAAAACACACGAUGCAUCGGGGCAGCUGGUCUUGAUCAGCCAGGAGCUCCUCAAGAAGGAAAGGAGCCUGAAUGAGCUCAGAGCACUGCUGCUGGAGGCAAACCGGCACUCACCUGGGCCUGAGCGUGACCUGAGCCGGGAGGUGCACAAGGCCGAGUGGCGGCUGAAGGAACAGAAGCUCAAAGAUGACAUCAAAGGGCUGCGAGAGAAGCUGGUUGUGCUGGACAAGGAGAAGGCAGUGACGGACCAGAGGCGGUUCUCCCUGAUCGACCCCUCGUCGGAGUCGGAGCUGAUCCGGCUGCAGCACCGCCUGGUCAGCACCGAGGAUGUGCUGCGCAACGCCCUGGAGCAGGGCCACCAGAUGGAGAAGCUCAUGGAAGCCAUGAGGCUUUCCUCGGAGAAAACACAGCCUGUUGGAAAUUCUGGGUCUGCUAAUGGGAUUCACCAGCAGGAUAAAUCCCACAAGCAAGAGGAGAAGCUCUGAUAGAGAAGAGGUGAAGAUGAUCAUUUCAUGCCGGUAUCAGCUCCUGUGCACAGUCAGGAAAAACAAUACCACAUCUGGCUUUAGCACCUCCAAAAGACUAGACACAGUAUUUUCACUUUAAAGAAGGACAAUGUUCAUAGUGUACUAACGGAUGUAAUCGGGACAAUCCUGGAGCCCAGUUUUCCAAGAUAGCUGUUGUUCCAGGAGGGAGCAGGAAGAUCUCUCUGGGUUUGGUUUCUUACCUGUAUUGGUUUGGACUGUGGAAUUUGUGUUGCUUGAGCUGCCCUUGUCCUACCAGCAGUCUGAAUGAUGGCUGUACCCUAUGGUAGCUGAGGUGUCAGUGAGUCCCAGCAGCCCCACGGGAGCUGCAAAGGGAUUUGCUUAUGGUGUUGAACACUGAAGCAUGUCCUGCUGCCCACAUGGUCUGUCCCUUCCCUCCCACUCACCCCAAAGGCCUGCACAGUGCAACCUGCUGGGCUGGUGGCUCACUGGGACGCGUAGGCUGAGGGAGAUGGGGUGUGCGUUUCCUUCCCUGCCUUGUAGAAGACAUAUCUGGUUGUGCAGCAUGGAGGCUUCACUUGGUACUUGUAGCACAGUGUGUCAUGCGAGAUGGUCUGAUUUCAGAGGGUUAUUUAUUUUGUUUCUCACCCGCUGCAGUUUGGGGAAGGAGUGGUGCUGUGUCCCUGUGGAGCAGGGCUGCUCUUCUGAUCCAUUGCAUCUGUAUGGGGGGGGGGAGGGGGGCUUCAGAGCACCAGACCCAGACAGCAGCUCACUGCUGGGAGCACUCAUGCAGUAGGGGCUGUCUGCAUUUGAUGGCUACAGAAAUCCUGUGUGUGGACACGAGCAAUUGGAGCAGAAGGAAUCCAAGGCGAGAGCCCACACGGCUCUCAUGUCUGUGCACAGCAAUGCAGGCUCAGGCAAGCACCCAAAUUUGCAUCUGGAAUCCCGAGUGCUCAGAGCAGCACGUGGGUGCUGCUGUGUCCUGCUGUGGCUGUGGUGCAGGCAGGCAAAGGAAGCACACAGUUUGCUUGGUCGAUUGUUCCUUCUGUUGGAGGCUUUGCUUCUCUCUCCAUCUUUGCACCAGAGCUCCAGGGACUUCAGGAUGUGUGCAGUAAGGGGAGAAUGUGUUCUUAAAGCUGUGAGGCAGCACCCUAUGAAGUCCAGUUCAGAUUCACUGUUGGAUGCUACAGUGAAAACAGGAGGAAAUAACAGCAGUCACUUACCAGGCUUCCCCUGGUUGCCUGAUCCCUCCAGUUCUCAGUUGUUCUCCUGAUACGACGGGGCUCCUGUGAAAGAGGACAAGGCAGAAAAGGGCACUGGGAGAGAUCUGAGCCAGGCUAUGGGCAGAUGAAUAUCACUGCAUGUCAACUUUUUGCCCUCAUUUCCUAUGAAAUUGUGCAAUUUUUGUUAGCGGGUUGCCAGAUUGAUGUAAUGCUGGACCUUGCUCACUGGUUGCAGGGUUGAUGAGUUCUCCUUCUGUUGAAAGGGUGCAGGAGGGGAGAAAGAAGUGACUUCAGGGAGUGCAACAGGUCAGCAAACACAGCUAUGUCUGGCUUAAGGAAGUGUGUGGGAUCCAUUAGCUGGAAAUGAUGCUGGUGGGAUCCAUCCUGCCUGGUGGAAGCGUUUAAUCAGUUCUUACUACCUGGAAGAAGCACUGGGACUUUCCAGGGGACCAAAAUCCUGGUUGGUGUAUUCAGUUGCUCAGGAAAAUCCCAGUGACAGCAUUCCUUGUUCCAGCUUGCAACAGCCAACACCUCAGUGCUGUUCCUGAGAAUUCAGGGUUGGUGUUCCCCAAAGUUCUCCUGAAGUCCCUGCAGCAGCUCCUGGUGCAGGUGGGCGAGCUCCAUUCCUUUGUUACUUAUAUUUUCCUUGAUUGGUUUUUUGGUGACUUCCUCUAUAGCUGAAAGAUUGUUUGAGUUUUCCUCUUCCCUCUUUGAACUCUUGCUGUGUGCAGGGCAGGAUCCCCAGGAGUGGUUAUGGGGAGCACGCUCCAUUAAUUCAUUGCUGCUGCAACUUCUCCAAGGCAGCAGCAGGUGGGGCAGAGGUGGCCUAAAGUGAAUGCUGCUGGUCUUCCCUGGCUGUAUGUAGCUGUGCUGCUCCAUGCACUCAAACCAGGAGGUGGGGACUCUCCUGGCCAUGCUGACAUGGGCAGCAGGGUGUAACUUGGUCCUCGUGUGCAGGUCUGUGGGAGCUGCUCGCUGGGCACAGGACGUGCUGUCACACAUCUGGGUUCCACCUGAGCACACAGAGGUGGCUGGGGCUGAGGUGGGACCUCUGCUGGGAUCCCCAGGGACAGGCAGACUCCAAACCAGGGACACGCUGGGAAAGGGCAAGGAGGACGUUCCCCAGCCCCUCUAUUUAUUUGUAAGUUUAAUUGCUAUUUUUGCCUAUAUGUGGUGGUGUAUAAAGUAUUUCACAAUAUUCGGUCUUACUGGCUUCGUUCUUUGGGGGAGAUGUCCAAGGGCAUCGCAGCACGGACGCACCCAUCCCUUGGUGGUGGCCAGGGACCAGCCCUGUUUGUGCCUUUACUCCACCUCCAGCCCCGAGGGCGGUGCGGGGGCUGCGUCCCACCUCGCUCCCACCCUGCUGAGCGAUGGGCUUCUGCUGAAGGCUGAGACAUUGUCAGGUACAUCACGGCUCUGUUUGGUGAUUCCUUCUCUCUAACCCUCUCGACCAAAGGGAAAAAUGGGUAAAUCGGCGUUGGGUGAGUUCAGCUUUAUCCCUCCUGCAGCACCCGAGCUGAGGGAUGGGUGCUGAGGCUCUGUGCCGUUGCCUCCCCCCUCUGCCUUGCAGUAGAGAUGCAUGAGGGUUUUGUUAUAACAAGAAGAUGCAAAUGACACUGUAGAAGUCUUAACAGAAAUUCCAGUACUCCGUUGUUCUGCAGCUUUAGCAGCUCAGCACUACCUUGUAGGGAAUGAUUAAUACACUAAGAUCCUAUAGGCCUCAUGUAAGUUACCAGAAUAAAGAUGUUACUAGAUGUAUAAAUGGAUGAUAACCUUUUACUCGUACAGUAUGUAUGACAAUUUUGUAGAUUAGUCAUUUUUUGGCUAUCAGAUUUUGUUAGUAUGAUAUAUAAAAAAAGACAAAAAAAAAAAAAAAAAAAAAAAAAAAGGUUUGACUGCUAAUGUCUAUUUUGUUAUUUGAUCCAUUUUAUUUCUUCUGUACAAAAGCUGUACAAAUCUCAGUCUGUGUAACUCCUCCCCAUCUGUAUCCAUGUACAACCCCCCCUCCUGGCUUGCUGCUGUUGGUGAGCUCAUUACUAAACAAUAAAAUCUGUGGCUGAUAUUUGCCCCAGUGCUGCUGUCCCUUCCCAGCAGCCCAGGGCCCCUGAGGCUUUGUUUCUUCCCACUGUCCUUAAACUCCACUGGGCGUGGAGUGUUGGGGUCUCCCUGAAGAGCUGGAUUUGGGCUGCAGGGGCCCUCAGUCACCACGUUGGUUGCUUCUUGCUCAGGGACCGAUAGCACCCAGCAACUGUUGGCUUUGCUGGCUCCCAGUGCUUGAAAGGAGAACAAUUCUGGGAUGUUGACCCCUGUGCUGUGCUCACUGCCUCUGUCACUGGGAAGAGAAGGCUCUGGGGAGAGCUGGCAGCAGCCUUUCAGUAUCUGAAGGAAGGGCUGCAAGAAAGAAGGGAGCAGGCUCUUUAGUGGGGUCUGCUGUGAACAGACCAGGGGAAAUGGUUUCAAACUGAAAGAGGGCAGAUCCAGGCUGAAUGUAAGAACAAGGGUUGUGAACCUGGAGCGGGUUGCCCAGAGGUUGAUGUUGGGGUGGUUGUCGCAGUGGAUGCCCCAACCUCGGAGAUGUGUGAGGUUUCAAGGUCAGCCUGCUCAGUGCGGGUUGGUUGGAUGGCCAACACGAAUCCUUCAGUGCUUCUAUAAAAUCACUUACAGGAUGAUGGGGAUGGAGCCAAAGCCUUGUCUCUCUCUGGCUGUCCAUCUGGGUGCCUCUGUCAGCAUGGCGCCCCAAACCUGGCCAUGUUUACUGUGCAUUUUGCCUUUAUGGGCUGCUGCUCUCAGCUCUACUCAGGGCCCCAGGCCCUGCUCAGGGCUUUGCUCUCUUGUAGCUCUGCUGUGCAGUUCAUCAGCUGCAAUCAGGUGCCCAAACCCCUGCUAUCUCCCAGAGAUAACACCGCAGCGUGCGCCUUUGUUUGCAGACACAACAUUUCAGUGCCGUUAAUCGUUCAGCAAAGAUUAAUAAAACAUGAAGUUUAAAGAUGCCUAAAUCACAGUGGGGGAGCUGGUAAUCUCUGCCAACAAUAAUAUUUGCACUUUAUUUUCCUCUUCCCGUGGAGCCGAGGAGUGGAGCACCGCGAGCGCACAGCGGGAUGGG